AUGGAUCCAUCCAUGUCAUUUUCAAGAGCAAAUAGCCUAGUUCUAUUCCGGCUCCUGCAACACCUGCAAGCUAGCCUUGCAAUACCGCUCCAUCUCCAUAAGCUUCGCCACCAUUUCGAUUUGGGGCUUCAUGGUCACUGUAAUCACUUUCUCCAACCUCAGUUUGGACGUCAUUCUACAGAACUCUCACUCGGAUUGAAGGAGGAGUUUGUGAGCAUCCUCAAGAUUCUUUCCAGCUUCUUCAACAGCCUUCUGAGAUUUCUAAACACUAAGAGAAACAUCAUUGAAUUGUUGAACCGCCUUGAGACUACAUUCGGCAUCCUACUUCCUUUUCCUUUGCGCUUUAGUAAUCCUUCGGAAAUAGGAAAUCGCCAUGUUCUGAAUUCUGAGAGAGAUAGGGGUGGUGGGGUGGUGGGGUGCAGCUCCUCUACUGUUGGAGACUAA